AUAAAAAAAACGGUAUAUAUAAACUUAUAGAUUGAUGUUUGAUACCACUCAGUCAAAUUUCAACCAACUUUUUCAAUACAAAGAUAUAUUUCAUUUAAGAUGAUUUAUUUGCCAAUUGUAAUUGGCGCAAUUUUUUCACUUUCUGCGGAAUCAUUUAAGAUUCAUGGACAUGAUAAAAGGCCAGAAGUACUUACUUGUACUUAUCCAACAUCAAAUCAACCUAUCGUUUCAGAUAAAAAACAUGAUAUUGUCCCCGUAACUGAAAAAGUAUUUAAUGAAGAUUCUAGCUAUAAAGAAAUUUCAUUUCAUGUAAAGGAUGAAUCUAUAAAGGUCAAUUUACAGCGUAGUGAUGGAGUUUUAGUACACAAAAAUACACGUGUUUGGUUGGUCAAAAAAGAAAAUAAUAAAGUUCAAUUUAAACUUCAGGAAAAUGCUCUUAACAACAUUGAAGCUUAUGUAGAUGAAUCAACUCAUUCUUCAUUUGUAAAAUUACCAGAGGAAAAUGGAUAUUACUUCUACUAUGGUGUUUAUGAUUAUUCUAUUGGCGUGAAAGCUGCACCAAAACAGCAUGCACGAAGACGUCGUGAAGUUGAAGAAAAUAAGACUGUUUCAACUAUUGAUCAUAUUGUUUAUACCUUACCAAAACAAGUAAAUUUUGAUCUAAGAAAUGCUUACACAAGUUUUGAACCCGAUCUAUGUAAUAAAACAUCAGAAUUAGCUCCUCCCGAAACUGUAUAUCCGGAAAUUUUAGUCAUCAUGGAUUAUGCUCUCUACUCACAUUACAAGGGAAAUUUACAAGAGGCUUUAAGUUAUAUUAUUACAUUCUGGAAUGCAGUUGACUUGAAAUUUAGAGAUUUACGUGAACCUGCAGUAAAAUUAAACAUUGCUGGAAUUAUCAUAGAAGAGGAAGAGGCUGCACUUUUGCAUCAUUCUGUAAUACAACAAAAUGGUACAUUUAAAGGAAAAGUAAACAGAAAUUUUGUUUUGGAUGAUAUUGGUACUAAUUUAUAUAACAGUCAUUUGAAAAUUAGAGAAGAUUAUGAUCUAGCUGUUUAUAUGAUGGGAAAUGACUUGGUGACGUCUAAUUUUGAAGAGGAAUUAGAAAAGAGGCAUGGCUUAGAUGGAAUAUUAGGUGUGGCAAAACUCGGAAUGUCAUGUAUUAAGGAUGAUUCCGAAGGUAUAGUUGAUGCUGUUAGCGCAUUUGAGGAUUCAAAUGGCUAUAUAGGAAUCUUGCACGGAAUUCAUGAAUUGGGUCAUUUAUUUGGUGCUUCUCAUGAUGGUGAAAGGGGUAAUAUUGCUUUGGGGCUGCCUGGUGCAGAAAAUUGCAAAACAACAGCAGAAGAUGAUUUCAUUAUGUCUACAAAGCGUAUUGAUGGAAAAAAAUUUUCAUAUUGUAGCAAAGAAGCGAUGCGUAUAUUUUUCCACAAGGAAAGUGCAGAAUGUCUUCGUAAUCCUCCAGUUGUAUCUAGUCAACCAAUUUCAUCGAUAAUAUUACCCGGUAAAAAACUCUCAUUAGAUGAACAAUGUGAGAGUGCUGGAUUCCUUAGAGCUCAUUUUAACGACACGUCUGUCUGCGAUCAUUUGUAUUGCAUUGCAAAAACAACAAAUGAUGGCGUUGAAUAUGUGACAUCUUUGCCAGGAGCUGAGGGUUCCAUUUGUGACAUUGGUUAUCAUUGCAUAAAUGGAAAUUGCAUCAAGAAUGAUAAUACUGACGAAUAUCUAACCUACCGUUAUGUAGAUAAGCGUACUUAUAUUGGAAAAUAAAAAUGUUAAAUAAUAAUAAGUUUGAUAACAUUUUGCAAGCAAAAUGCAAAUUUUAAUUACGUGUGAUGUAUUCUAAAAUUUUCACGGUAUACGAACCGGUCUAUUAUGGGGAGAUUCGCUCAGAACUCUGGAUCAAUCGACAAUCUUCAGUACGACACUGGAAAUUGAGACAGAACAAAUCAUAAUUUUUUCACUAACAUUGAUUUGGUUGAAUCAUAAUAAAAAUAAAGUUCAUAUAAUUAA